UUUUGCUAAGCUAACCAAGUUAUAUCUCGGGAAAGAAACAACCAAAAAAUCUUUUUGUCUCGGUUUAAAGUCCUCCAAGUGGUAAUAAUUUGACGGUAAUAUCCACUAGCCAUGAGCUAACUACGGCAGGAAAACAACUAGUUAGUUAACUAACAGUUAGCUUGCUAGCUUGUCGUUUUCAUGUACAUGGUGGUGUUUUUUUACUUCUUUUUCUGACAACCUAAUAACUCAUUUAUGUUUUUCUAACUAUGCAGGGUUAGGUUUGUGAGCAAAGAAUCGAGCAAAUUAGCUAAAUGGGAAAACAUUGUGUAGUAUAUUCUGCUUUAAAACUUCUCCAGUACAUUUUAGACUAUUCGCAUUUAACCUUGAUUGAUCCGGAAUAUGUCCAAAUUUGGACAUGAAUGUCUACAGGAUUUCAGACAUAAUGACUCAGGAGCGGUAUGGCUCAGGAGACAAAACAGACACAGGUUCCCCGGCUGUGCUCCACUGGCUGUGGUUUCUAUGGAGACCCACGCACCAAUGGCAUGUGCUCCAUCUGCUACAAAGACUUCCUGCAGAUGACAAACACCAGCGGCAGGGUCAAUGAGACAGUGUCAGUGCCUGAAGUGUCGUCCAGCCUGAGCAGUUUAGAGGAAUCUCUGUCUGCAUCAUCCACCUCCGUUACUCCCGCAGGAGUCACAGAAGAGGUUGAAACUUUAGAAAAAGCAGAGACAAAAACUCAAGAAGUAACAGCCUCGGGAUCAGACGCAUCCACUUCAUCAGCCACCACAGAGCCGGGCAAAUCCAAACCCAAAAAGAACCGCUGCUUCAUCUGCCGCAAGAAAUUGGGCCUGACGGGUUUUGACUGCCGCUGUGGAAAUGUGUUCUGUAGUGUUCACCGAUACACUGAUGUCCAUAACUGCGCCUUCGACUAUAAAGCUGAUGGUGCUGAGAAAAUUAGGAAAGAAAACCCGGUCAUCGUUUGUGAAAAAGUCACAAAGAUCUGAAACAGCUCAUGGACAACCCUUUCGUGUCAUUUUUUUCCCCCUCUUACCAUUACACGCCACAUUGCACAGUGGAACUCUGAACAAUACCAGCACAGACCCCUGAAUCGUACAUACUACACAGUACUUUUUUCUUUUUUUAAACAAAUAUGUUUUCAUUAUUGUUUGUGUGAUAAAGUUACAGAAAUCUAGAUUUAUACGAUUGUAUUAUAUUUUAAUUUCAAUGACUAACAGGGCUAUGGUGAGACUACUUGAGGGGCGGGUCUUUUCUCAAGUCUAUAAACAAAGAUUGCAUGUUAAACAAGCAAGGAUAUUUUUCUUUAGAUAAAGAAUAUAAACACGAGUGGCAGAUCUAGUUUGACAUCAAUGGCUUAAAAGCAUGCGAGGAACAUUUUAUCAGCUGGUUUGCCCUCUAAAUUUUGUUAAAACAAUUAAGAAUUUAUAAUCAAUAAUAUAGAACGUGGCAUGAGUGUGUAAGCAUGUGUACAUGUAUACUGAGUUGCCUUUACAGAUAUAGAGUUAGAGGCUGUAUCACAUCUGUCAGUUGUGACAGUUACUCAGUUCCUCGAUGACAAGGAACGCCUCAGGACCACAUCUGUUCAGAUGCCAUUUUGGGUAGUGGAUCAUUCUCAGCACAGUACUCACACUGGCACACUGGCACAGCAUGUUACAGUCAUACUGGUAUGACUGUUUUAGAUCAGCCCCAUUGUUGGGGUUUUGAACACUGUUUACACUGAUUUUGUCAGUCCUUCAUUUAGAGACUGAAGCUAAUCUUGUUUUCAGUUCAGCAGGAGUAUUGAACAAUGCUGCUGCACCUGAUACACUCGCAUAUAUAAACACACUGAUCUGAUCAGCAGUGGUCCUGCAGUGGUUUGUUUCCUUUGAUAGACAAGACUCAGGGGGCCUGUACAAACUGCUUACUAACAGAUCGGGUACAAUCUGACUUGUAUGGUAGAUAAGAUAGUAACUCAUUGUGCAUGAGAGUGUGUGAUUUUGGUAUUCUGAUGCUGGAGGUGUUAAUUAAUCUGCAUUUACUUAAUUGCUGACUGAUUGUUUUUCCUUAAAGACUAACUAAUUCAUUUAUUAUUAAAAUUGAUUGUAUUGUGACCACUGAUUAUGACAAUGAUGAUGCUUGUGUGUUAUUUUAUUUUCACUUUCUUCCUCUGAUCUGAAUAAAGCAAUAAAAAAUAUAUAAUCUUGAA